AUGGUCGAGGGCUUGCACCAGCUCUUCGUCGAGCUCGACCCCGUGGGCUGCGUGAAAAAGGUCGACUACUACCUGCCCUGCGCCCUCGAGAUCGUCUCCAAGGUCGCGUCCCACGGCAUCAUCGCCGGGUCGGCCAUGCUCAAGCUGCCGCAGAUCGCCGCGAUCCUGGCGUCGCGGUCCGCGGCGGGCCUGUCGACGCUGUCCUUCGAGCUCGACGCGCUCGUCUUCGUCGCGUCCGUCGCCUACAGCUCCAAGCUCGGCUACGCCUUUAGCACCUACGGCGAGCAGGUCAUCGUCCUCGCGCAGAACGUCGUGCUCGUGGCGCUCGCCUACGCGUUCUCCGCGGGCGUCGGCGCGCGGCGCGCGGCCGCGGGCGUCGCCGCGGGCGCCGCGGCCGUCGCCGCCUGCGCUGCCGUGCCCGACCGCCUGCUCUGGCUCCUGUCGUCGGGCUCCAUCGCGGCGAACAUGGGGUCGCGCGUGCCCCAGAUCCUGGCGAACCGGCGCCAGGGCCACACGGGCCAGCUCUCGGGCGCGACGGUGAAGCUGAACGCGCUCGGCGCCUUCGUGCGCUUCCUCACGACGGCGCUCGAGACCGCCGACCCCGUGCUCCUCUUCGGCUUCGGCGCGUCGACGGCGCUCAACGUCGCGCUCCUCGUCCAGCUCCGCGCCUACCGCGCGAAGACCGCGGAGGUCGUCGGUAAGAAGGACUAG